AUGUCCUCAAACAAGGAAUUAAGCUACGAGAUCCCUCAUCUAAUUCGUGUCUACAAAGAUGAAACUAUAGAGCGGCUGAUGGUUUCACCUUACGCACCCCCAUCGUUAGACGACCCAAUCACCGGAAUAUCCUCGAAAGACGUGGUCAUUUCCCCCGACUUUUCUGCUCGUAUCUACCUCCCCAAACUCACAUCAACAAGUUUCAAAAAGCUCCCCAUCUUAGUCUACAUGCAUGGAGGUGGGUUUGUCUUGGGAUCAGCUUUCACUCUACUUGAACACAACUAUCUAACCACAAUGGUUUCUCAUAUCAAUGCACUUGUAAUCUCAGUGGAGUAUAGACUAGCCCCAGAAAAUCUACUGCCAACUAUUGCUUAUGAAGAUUGCUGGACAGCACUUCAGUGGGUUGCAUCACAUUCAACAAGUGAUGGACGACAUCAAGAGCCUUGGUUGGUUGACUAUGGAGAUUUUGAUAGACUGUACAUUGGUGGGGAUGGUUCAGGUGCUAAUAUAGUCCACAACUUGUCUUUGAAAGCAGGAAAAGAAAGAUUAAAUAAUGAUGUGCAAAUAUUAGGUGGGUUUCUAGGUUGUCCAUUUUUUUUGGACUUCAAGACUUGUGAUGAGAGUUUGGCAUAUAAGUUUUGGAUGUUAUCACAUCCACAUGCUCAUGGUGGGAUUGAUAAUGCUUUGAUUAACCCGUUUGUGGACCGGAGAUUUGAGGCAGAUUUUGGUUGCAAGAGGCUGCUAGUGGUGGUUGCGGAAAAGGAUUCGACCAGGGAAAUUGGGAUAAAAUACUUUGAAACUGUUAAAGAAAGUGAGUGGGAUGGGGAGGUUGAGAUUUUGGAUAUUGAAGGAGAGGGUCACUGCUUUUAUGUUCUUGAUAGUACAAGUGAAAAGGCCAAUAUUUUGAUGAAUCAUUUGGCUUGUUUCAUUGUUUGA